UGCGUGCUGUAUUUAUGGAGCUUGAAGAUAAACCAUCCCAAAACACUGUUCCUCCUGCGAGGGAACCACGAGUGCAGGCACCUGACCGAGUACUUCACCUUCAAACAGGAGUGUCGGAUCAAGUACUCGGAGCGGGUUUACGAUGCCUGCAUGGACACCUUCGACUGUCUUCCUCUCGCCGCCCUCCUCAACCAACAAUUCCUGUGCGUCCACGGGGGGCUGUCUCCAGAAAUCACCUGUCUAGACGACAUUCGGAAAUUAGACAGGUUCAAGGAGCCCCCCGCCUUCGGGCCCAUGUGCGACCUGCUGUGGUCCGACCCCUCGGAGGAUUACGGCAGCGAGAAGUCGGUGGAGCACUUUGCCCACAACACCGUUCGGGGCUGCUCCUAUUUCUAUAGUUAUCCUGCAGUUUGUGAUUUUUUGCAGAACAACAGUUUGCUUUCUGUAAUCCGCGCUCACGAGGCCCAGGACGCAGGGUACCGAAUGUACAGGAAGAGCCAGACCACGGGCUUUCCGUCCUUAAUCACCAUCUUCUCUGCGCCCAAUUACCUGGACGUCUACAACAACAAGGGUAAGGCUGGGCGGCUCCGGGCUGCUGGGGCCCUUUUGGCUGCGCGGUGAGGAGCUGCGUGCUGC